GUGCCAAGGUGGGGCACAAUGUCACAAGUUAAAACCUCUUAUUCCUAUGAUGCUCCCACGGACUUCAUCAACUUUACAUCUUUGAAUGAUGAGGAAGAUACCCAAAAUGUAGAUUCCUGGUUUGAGGAGAAAGCCAAUUUGGAGAAUCAGUUUCCUGGGAAGAAUGGGACAGGAGGGCUUUUUCAGGGCAAAACUCCUUUGAGAAAAGCUAACCUUCAGCAAGCUAUUGCCACACCUUUGAGACCAGUUGACAACACUUGUUACAAAGAAGCAGAAAAAGAAAAUCUGGUGGGACAGUCUGUUCCAUCAAACACUUGUUCCUCCCUUGAAGUCACAGGAACCACUACAAGAGCUAUUUCAGCCCAAGCUCAGAGAAGAUCUGUUAGACUGUCUGCUCAGAAGGAUUUGGAACAGGAUGGGAAACACCAUGUAAAAAUGAAUGCUAAGAGAUGUGCUACUCCUGUGGUCAUUCAUGAAAUUCCACCCUCCAAAAAGAUGAAAGUUUCUAACAAUAAAAAGAAGCCAGAGGAAGAAGGUCAUACUCAUCAAGAUAAUUCUGAAAAGAAUGAAUCCUCCCCAGAGAAAACCAAAGGUAGACACACUAUGACGUGUGCACCACCUGUAAGGCAGAAGGUUCUAAAGAGCACUGAGGAGCAAGAGUUGGAAAAGAGAAUGAAAAUGCAGCAGGAGGUGGUAGAGAUGCGGAAAAAGAAUGAAGAAUUCAAGAAAUUUGCUCUGGCAGGAGCAGGGCAAUCCAUGAAGAAACCAGUGAUCCAGGUAACCAAAUCAGUUGAUUUCCACUUCCGCACAGAUGAACGUAUCAAACAACAUCCUAAGAACCAGGAGGAGUAUAAGGAAGUAAAUUUUACAUCUGAACUGCGAAAGCAUCCAUCAUCCCCUGCCCGAGUGACAAGAGGCUGCACCAUUAUUAAGCCUUUCAACCUGUCUCAAGGAAAGAAAAGAACAUUCGAAGAAGCAACUUCUCAAUAUGUGCCCCUUGCACAGCAAGUUGAAGCUUUCCACAAGCGAACCCCUAACAGAUACCAUCUGAGGAGCAAGAAGGAUGAUGUUGAACUGUUACCUUCCAAACCCACUGUGGCCAAGAUCUCCAGAGACCCGAAGACCCCCACGCUGCAAACCAAACAUCGUGCAAGGCCUGUGACCUGUAAAAGUGCAGCAGAUCAGGAGGCCGAAGAGCUGGAAAAACUGCAACAAUACAAAUUCAAAGCACGGGAACUUGAUCCCAGAAUUCUUGAAAGUGGGCCCAUCUUGCCUAAAAAGCCACCUGUGAAGCCACCCACUCAGCCUAUUGGCUUUGAUUUGGAAAUUGAAAAAAGAAUCCAAGAGCGAGAGUCAAAGAAGAAAUCAGAGGAUGAACAUUUUGAAUUUCAUUCUAGACCUUGCCCUACUAAAAUCUUAGAAGAUGUUGUGGGUGUUCCUGAAAAGAAAGUACUUCCAAUCACUGUCCCCAAGUCACCAGCCUUUGCAUUGAAGAACAGAAUCCGAAUGUCUACCAAAGAAGAUGAGGAAGAGGAGGAUCCAGUAAUGAUAAAAGCUCAACCUGUGCCACAUUAUGGGGUGCCUUUUAAGCCCCAAAUCCCAGAGACAAGAACUGUGGAAGUAUGCCCCUUCUCUUUUGAUUCUCGAGACAAAGAACGUCAGUUACAGAAGGAGAAGAAAAUGAAAGAAUUGCAGAAAGGGGAGGAGAUACCUAAGUUCAAGGCACUUCCUGUGCCUCAUUUUGACACCAUUAACCUGCCAGAGAAAAAGGUGAAGAAUGCAACUCAAAUAGAACCUUUCUGCUUGGAGACGGACAAAAGAGGUGCUCUGAAGGCCCAGACUUGGAAGCACCAGCUGGAAGAAGAACUAAAACAGCAGAAAGAAGCAACUUGCUUCAAGGCUCGUCCAAACAACGUCACCUCCCAGGAGCCUUUUGUUCCCAAGAAAGAGAGAAAACCCAUUGCUGAGGGCCUUUCUGGUUCUCUAGUUCAGGAACCUUUUCAGCUGGCCACUGAGAGGAGAGCCAAAGAAUGGCAGGAACUGGAGAAGAAAAUGGCUGAGGUGGAAGCCAAGAAAGCCCAACAGUUGGAGGAGGCCAGGCAACAGGAGGAAGAGCAGCAGAAGGAAGAGCUGGCCAGGCUACGGAAAGAACUGGUGCACAAGGCAAAGCCAAUACGCAAGUACCAGAGUGUCGAGUUAAAGUCAAGUGACCAGCCCUUGACCGUGCCAGUGUCUCCCAAGUUCUCCACUCGAUUCCACUGCUAGGCGCCAUGGGUGGGGGGCCCUGCCAGGCAGGAGCUGCUCUCACCGACACUCCGGCGCUUUCUUUCUUUGUUACAUGGCAUGAAGAGAAUCCAUUUCUCUAGACUUCUACCAACAUGCCUGACAGAACACCUGAUAACUGGAGGCUCCGGUUUUGUUGAGAAUUGUUUUCCCGUAUUAUUGAGGGUAAUAACGAGACUCAAUUCAUGUAUGCCUUGAUCAGACUCCAUGUAGCUAGGUAUUUGUGAAAGGUCAGUUAAUCUUUAAUAGGGAUUUUUACUCUGACUAGAAUUUAAAGUCUGUAUCAGCAGUGUAUAAUUGCUAUCGCCCUUUACCCCUACUCAUUUUUUUUUCCUAUUUUAAUCAGAAAAUAAAGAGUUAAUACUGAGAUAGCAUUUAAGUCAUGGCUUAAACGAGGACCAACCAGUCUAUCAGAUUCUUCACUUUUCUCUCCAGACCAUGUAAAUGUAGAGUUGAGGAGCCCUUCACUCUGUGGGCAGAAAGCUGCAUUAACUGCACCAGGGAAGAAACUGCGUAGGCUGAUGGCACUGCACUGCAGCCACUGGCACGCUUUGUGUAGAGCUGCCGACAGCAGCUCCCUUGUGGUAAAUAACAGAGAAGGGUGCAGCAUGCAUCGUUAACUCCUCACGACCUAGGCUGGAGGAAGUAUGUUGUUUUCCUCUCCCUGAUUUUGUUAUUAGAUUUUAUU